GGUGCUGAAACUACUCUCACUCCUCGGCAUCCUCAAGUGACGGCUCCAUCUAAACAAGGGGGGUGCACAGCGGACACACCCGCCAGAGCUUAUUGGGCAAUAUUCAGCGGAACGUCACACGGAGAAGACCUUCACGGCCGGGCAGAUAAAUUAUAGAUGAAAGGAUAUAUGCAUAUUUGGCACCGAACGCAAGCUACAGCCUCUCUGCACGCACAACGCAGCGCCGUCGGACCCUCCAACUUCUGUUAAUCCUCAUCCACAGUCGAGGACGCGAUGUGUCCCCAGCGCUGUUAAUUCAGUACAAUUCGUUCCCAGAAGCAUCCCGUCUGUAGAAGUGGAAUCCUACUCCAACGCCACCCUGACACAAUCGAGGCACGAUGCUUGAAUUUAGCAGAGAUGGAGCUACAGUCAUCUUAAUACUGCUGCACGCGGUGGUUGCUGCAACGGGAGCCGCGAAAGAGGGCAUUUUUACAAAUCAUUUUCUGGUACAGUUACAUGAAGAGACUGAUGAUGCAGCCCGCCAACUUGCCACGGAGCACGGGUUUGACAGUGUCCGAAAGCUCCCCUUCGGUGAGGGGCUUUUCCACUUCUACCCAAAGGAUAUACCCCAAGCCAGGAGGAGGCGCAGUCUCCAACACAAACAGCGUCUAGAGAAAGACCACAGGGUAAAAAGUGUAUUUGAGCAAGAGGGAUUUGGCCGGAGGAAGAGAGGAUAUCGAGACAUCAAUGACAUUGAUGCCAAAAUGAACGACCCAUUAUUUACUAAACAGUGGUACCUUAUUAAUACAGGCCAGGCGGAUGGCACCCCUGGACUGGACCUCAAUGUGGCAGAGGCGUGGGAGCUGGGCUACACUGGGAAAGGGGUAACCAUAGCGAUUAUGGAUGAUGGAAUUGACUAUUUACACCCAGAUCUUGCCUCAAAUUAUAAUGCAGAGGCCAGCUAUGACUUCAGCAGUAAUGACCCCUAUCCUUACCCCCGCUAUACGGAUGACUGGUUUAACAGUCAUGGAACCAGGUGUGCAGGGGAAGUGUCUGCAGCAGCCAAUAACAACAUUUGUGGUGUGGGCGUGGCCUACAAUUCCAAGGUAGCAGGCAUUCGCAUGCUAGAUCAGCCCUUCAUGACAGACAUCAUUGAAGCCUCGUCCAUAAGCCACAUGCCGCAGGUCAUCGACAUCUACAGCGCCAGCUGGGGUCCCACCGAUGACGGCAAGACUGUGGACGGACCCCGCGAGUUGACCCUGCAAGCGAUGGCCGAUGGCGUCAACAAGGGCCGAGGAGGGAAGGGCAGCAUCUACGUCUGGGCCUCGGGUGACGGCGGCAGCUACGACGACUGCAACUGCGACGGCUACGCCUCCAGCAUGUGGACCAUCUCCAUCAACUCGGCCAUCAACGACGGGCGCACGGCGCUCUACGACGAGAGCUGCUCGUCCACGCUCGCGUCCACCUUCAGCAACGGCCGGAAGAGGAACCCCGAGGCGGGCGUGGCAACCACGGAUCUGUAUGGAAACUGCACGCUGCGUCACUCAGGAACAUCGGCAGCUGCUCCAGAGGCUGCUGGCGUGUUUGCCUUGGCACUGGAGUCGAACCCUGACCUGACCUGGAGAGACAUGCAGCACCUGACGGUCCUGACAUCCAAGAGGAACCAGCUGCACGACGAGGUGCAUCAGUGGCGCAGAAAUGGCGUGGGCCUGGAGUUUAACCACCUCUUUGGCUAUGGCGUGCUGGACGCCGGCGGCAUGGUCAAGAUGGCCAAGGAGUGGAAGACCGUGCCAGAGCGCUUCCACUGCGUUGCUGGCUCUGUCCAGGAAUCCCACAAAUUUACAUCAGACAAAAGUCUGGUCCUGACCAUCACCACUGAUGCCUGUCAGGGGAAGGAUAACUUUGUACGCUACCUGGAGCAUGUGCAGGCCGUCAUCACUGUCAACUCCAGCCGCCGUGGAGACUUGAACAUCAACAUGACCUCACCUGCGGGCACCAAGUCCAUCCUGCUGAGUCGCCGGCCUCGUGAUGACGACGCCAAGGUGGGCUUUGACAAGUGGCCCUUCAUGACCACCCACACUUGGGGAGAGGACCCCCGGGGUACGUGGGUGCUGGAGGUGGGAUUCAAAGGCGACCCACCCCAAAGAGGCGUCAUGAAGGAAUGGACUCUAAUGCUCCACGGAACACAAAGUGCCCCUUACAUAGACCAAAUUGUACGCGACUACCAGUCCAAGCUGGCCAUGUCCAAAAAGCAGGAGCUGGAAGAGGAACUUGACGAGGCUGUGGAGAGGAGUCUGGAAACCUUGAUGAGUAAAAACUAGACUUCUGCAUGUCAGGUCUUUUUUUUUCCUCCUGCCCAUAUCCUGCCCUCUUCUGCUGACAAUUUAGAGUCCCACUUUGUAUUUGUUAGCCUUCCUUCAAUGAACGUGUCUUGUAAACAGAUUAUAACAGUGCAAUUUCUAGACUAUCUCUUCUAUGUCUCCAGAUGAAAUGAAAAACUGUUGGCUUUUCUUUUCUGUUCUAUUUUUACUCCUAUAUAAAGAACAUAAUAUAUAUAUAUUCUGCUGUAUGUUAUGUUGUUGCUUACCCGGGCCUCCAGAUGAAAAUGAAACUACAGCUUGUGACUGUAAAUUAUUUCCUGUGUCAUUCUACUUAAAGUUUAAUAUCUUGCAAACAGAGGGGUGAUAUUUUUUCAUUAUAUUUUUGUGAUAAAUAUUGUUUACAUGAAAAUGGACAGGAAUGUUUGAUCAGUAUU